AUGUUUAACCACUCACAUCAGGUCCACUAUGAUUUUGGACUGCGUAACAUUCUGUCGGUACUUCGAACUCUUGGUUCAGAGAAAAGGUCAAGGCCGGAGGACACUGAGAACACAAUUGUCAUGAGAGUCUUGAGGGAUAUGAACCUAUCUAAACUGGUAGAUACGCAAGAAGGGCUGUUA